AUGUCGUCGACACGACGGAUGGUAUCCGUUCUUUCUUUCACUUUCUUCGCUUUGAUAGCCCUUUUCUGCUCUGUACGUGCAGAGGAGGCACACGCAGAAUAUGGAACUGUCAUUGGAAUCGAUCUUGGAACGACGUAUUCAUGUGUCGGUGUUCAGAAGGGCGGUCGGGUAGAAAUUAUCGCCAACGACCAGGGUCACCGUAUCACACCGUCUUGGGUCUCCUUCUCCGAUGACGAGCGUCUUGUUGGCGACAGCGCCAAGAACGCCUUCCAUUCCAACCCUAGGAACACUGUCUUCGAUGCCAAGCGUCUCAUUGGUCGGCGAAACCCGCGACUUCACUCCCGAGGAGAAUCAGCGCCUAUGGUCCUUACUAAGAUGAAGGAGACCGCUGAGGCAUACCUUGGAGAGAAGGUCACCCACGCCGUCGUUACCGUCCCUGCCUACUUCAAUGAUGCUCAGCGUCAGGCUACCAAGGAUGCCGGAACCAUCGCCGGUCUCCAGGUUCUCCGUAUUAUCAACGAACCCACCGCUGCCGCCAUCGCCUACGGUCUCAACAAGAAAGGUGGCGAGUCCCAGAUCAUCGUCUACGAUCUCGGUGGUGGAACUUUCGAUGUCUCCCUCCUGUCUAUUGAUGACGGUGUCUUCGAGGUCAUGGCUACCGCUGGUGACACUCACCUUGGUGGUGAAGAUUUCGACAAUCGUGUCAUCGAGUACCUCGUCAAGCAAUACAAGAAGAAGACCGGCACUGAUGUUUCGAGCAACCUCCGCGCUAUGGGUAAACUAAAGAGGGAGGUUGAGAAGGCCAAGAGGACGCUCUCCAACCAACAGAGCACCCGUAUCGAAAUCGAGAGUUUCGAGGAUGGCAAUGACUUUUCUGAGACUUUGACCCGGGCCAAGUUCGAGGAGUUGAACAUGGAUCUCUUCAGGAAGACGAUGAAGCCCGUUGAGCAGGUUCUCAAGGAUGCUGGUGUUAAGAAGGAAGACGUUGACGAAGUCGUGCUCGUUGGUGGAUCGACUCGUAUUCCCAAGGUCCAGCAACUCCUUAAGGAGUACUUCGGCGGCAAGGAGCCUUCCAAGGGUAUCAACCCCGAUGAGGCUGUUGCCUACGGUGCUGCCGUCCAGGGUGGUAUUCUCUCAGGUGCGGAAGGAACUGCCGAUGUCGUCCUCGUCGACGUCUGCCCACUCACUCUCGGUAUCGAAACCACUGGCGGUGUCUUCACCAAGUUGAUUCCUAGGAACACUGUCAUUCCCACCAGGAAGAGCCAGAUCUUCUCGACUGCCGCUGACAACCAGCCCACUGUGUUGAUUCAAGUCUUCGAAGGUGAACGUUCCCUGACCAAGGACAACAACCUUCUCGGAAAGUUCGAGUUGUCCGGUAUCCCUCCCGCGCCUCGUGGUGUUCCCCAGAUUGAGGUUACGUUUGAGAUUGAUGCCAAUGGUAUCAUGAAGGUCGCCGCCGCUGACAAGGGAACUGGCAAGUCAGAGUCGAUCACUAUCACCAACGAAAAGGGCCGUCUGUCACAGGAAGAGAUUGAUCGUAUGGUGGCUGAGGCUGAGAAGUUCGCUUCUGAGGAUGAGGCCCAGCGCAAGCGCAUCGAAGCUUUGAACUCCCUAUCUGCCUUUGUGUACGGAUUGAAGUCUCAGAUCGGUGACCAGGAGGGUCUAGGAGGAAAGAUCAGCGAUGAGGACAAGAAAACCAUCCUUGACGCCGUCAAGGACACGACUGACUGGUUGGAUGAGUAUGGCUCUUCAGCGACUGAGGAGGACCUUGAAGAGAAGUUGGCUGAGGUCCAAGCCAUCGUCAACCCCAUAACGACAAAAUUGUAUAACGCUGCUGGACCCUCUGAUGACGACCAGGAGGCGUUCCGAGACCACGAUGAGCUCUAAAGGAUUCUCUGUAUACAUACCAAUACUUUACUUUAUAUUAUCGUAGCGCGGUGGCGGUUAGACGAUACGCGCUCGACGGCAUUAAUUAUUGUUGAGUAGCAGCGCAUACAUGGCCCUCAUUGAAGCAUAUAAAAUGAGAAAAAAAAGUUAGAAACCAGUGCAAUUUUGUCCCUCGCGUCUGAUUGGAAGGUAGUCGUGCUUCUCCAC